GCGGCUGCGCAGUAGAGAGGAGGCUUUUAAUUCCAUUGUGGAGAGGACGGCGUUAUUUUUAUUAACUGGAGGCGACGGCGGCGACGGCGGCGGCGGGACCCGCCUCCUCCGGGGUAUGAAAAUCGGCAGCGGGUUCCUGAGUGGCGGCGGCGGUACCGGCAGUAGCGGCGGUAGCGGCCCCGGCUGCGGCGGUAGCGGCCCCGGCGGCGGCGGCGGCAGGAGAGCCGAGAUGGAGCCCACCUUCCCCCAGGGUAUGGUUAUGUUCAACCACCGGCUUCCCCCGGUCACCAGCUUCACCCGGCCUGCGGGGUCGGCCGCCCCUCCCCCGCAGUGCGUGUUAUCCUCCUCUACCUCCGCAGCCCCGGCCGCUGAGCCCCCCCCUCCGCCAGCCCCGGACAUGACUUUCAAGAAGGAGCCGGCGGCGUCAGCCGCGGCCUUCCCUUCUCAGAGGACCUCCUGGGGAUUCUUGCAGUCUUUGGUUAGCAUUAAGCAGGAGAAACCCACAGAUCCUGAGGAGCAGCAGUCCCACCACCACCAUCACCACCACCACUAUGGGGGGCUGUUCGCUGGGGCUGAAGAAAGAUCUCCAGGCCUAGGAGGCGGGGAAGGGGGGAGCCACGGCGUCAUCCAGGACCUCAGUAUUCUCCACCAGCAUGUCCAACAGCAACCAGCCCAGCACCACCGUGAUGUAUUACUGAGCAGCAGUAGCAGGACUGAUGACCAUGGCAAUGAGGAGCCAAAGCAGGACACUAAUGUCAAGAAGGCAAAGAGGCCAAAGCCAGAAUCUCAGGGAAUCAAAGCCAAGAGGAAGCCAAGUGCAUCUUCCAAACCUUCUUUGGUUGGAGAUGGAGAAGGUGCCAUCCUCUCCCCAAGUCAGAAACCUCAUAUCUGUGAUCACUGUAGUGCUGCUUUCCGAAGCUCCUAUCACCUGCGGAGACAUGUCCUCAUUCACACAGGAGAAAGACCUUUCCAGUGCAGCCAAUGUAGUAUGGGUUUCAUUCAGAAAUACCUACUGCAGAGACAUGAGAAAAUUCAUAGUAGAGAGAAGCCCUUUGGAUGUGAUCAGUGCAGCAUGAAGUUUAUUCAGAAGUACCAUAUGGAGAGACACAAGAGGACACAUAGUGGAGAAAAGCCAUAUAAGUGUGACACUUGCCAACAGUAUUUUUCAAGGACUGAUAGAUUGUUGAAGCACAGGCGCACAUGUGGUGAAGCCAUAGCGAAAGGAUCCGCUAGUGCAGAACCUGGGUCAUCAAACCAUAACAAUAUGGGAAAUCUGGCUGCAUUGUCUCAGGGAAAUACAAGUUCUUCAAGGAGAAAAUCGAAGUCAAAAAAUAUAGCUAUUGAAAAUAAGGAACAGAAGACUGGUAAAACAAAUGAAUCACAAAUUUCAAAUAAUAUAAACAUGCAGAGUUACUCUGUAGAAAUGCCUACUGUGUCUUCCAGUGGAGGCAUAAUUGGCACUGGUAUAGAUGAAUUGCAGAAAAGGGUGCCAAAAUUGAUCUUCAAGAAAGGAAGCAGAAAGAAUACAGAUAAGAACUACCUUAAUUUUGUGUCACCAUUACCAGACAUAGUUGGACAGAAAUCCUUGUCUGGGAAACCAAGCGGCUCACUUGGUAUAGUAUCAAAUAAUAGUGUGGAGACCAUUAGUCUUCUCCAAAAUACAAGUGGCAAACAAGGUCAAAUAAGUAGUAAUUAUGAUGAUGCCAUGCAGUUUUCAAAGAAAAGAAGAUAUUUACCAACUGCCAGCAGCAACAGUGCCUUUUCUAUAAAUGUGGGACAUAUGGUCUCCCAACAGUCUGUCAUUCAGUCUGCAGGUGUCAGUGUUUUGGACAAUGAGGCACCAUUGUCACUUAUUGACUCCUCAGCUCUCAGUGCUGAAAUUAAGUCUUGUCAUGACAAGUCUGGAAUUCCUGAUGAGGUUUUACAAAGUAUUUUGGAUCAAUACUCCAACAAAUCAGAAAGCCAGAAAGAAGAUCCUUUCAAUAUAACCGAGCCACGAGUGGAUUUACACACCUCAGGAGAACACUCAGAAUUGGUUCAAGAAGAAAAUUUAAGCCCAGGCACCCAAACACCUUCAAAUGAUAAAACAAGUAUGUUGCAAGAAUACUCCAAAUACCUCCAACAGGCUUUUGAAAAAUCCACUAAUGCAGGUAUUACUCUCGGACCUGGUUUCCAAUUUGUCAGUUUGUCUUCACUUCUCUACAACCACACUUUAUUUCCAGAAAAACAAAUAUACACUACGUCUCCUUUGGAGUGUGGUUUCGGCCAAUCUGUUACCUCAGUGUUGCCAUCUUCAUUGCCAAAGCCUCCUUUUGGGAUGUUGUUUGGAUCUCAGCCAGGUCUUUAUUUAUCUGCUUUGGAUGCUACAUAUCAGCAGUUGACACCUUCGCAGGAGCUGGAUGAUCUGAUAGAUUCUCAGAAGAACUUAGAGACUUCAUCAGCCUUCCAGUCCUCAUCUCAAAAACUGACUAGCCAGAAAGAACAACAGAAGAACUUAGAGUCCUCAGCAAGCUUUCAGAUUCCAUCUCAGGAGUUAGCUAGCCAGAUAGAUCCUCAGAAAGACAUAGAGCCUAGAACAACGUACCAGAUUGAGAACUUUGCACAAGCAUUUGGUUCUCAGUUUAAGUUGGGCAGCAGGGUGCCAAUGACUUUUAUCACUAACUCUAAUGGAGAAGUGGACCAUAGAGUAAGGACUUCAGUGUCAGAUUUUUCAGGGUAUACAAAUAUGAUGUCUGAUGUAAGUGAGCCAUGUAGUACAAGAGUAAAAACAUCUACCAGCCAGAGUUACAGGUAAGGUCCCAAAGUGACCAGGCUGGGGGGUCUUCUAAUGUAAUUUUGUUUUAUUUUGAGAACACUGCCAUUGGAAUGUUUCUACACGAUCCUAUUAAGAAUAAUGUAAUGCCCUUUCAAUGCAACUUUUCAUAUUUAGUUUAUUUUGUUAGCGUGAUUUUAGCUCUGUUUGUAUUAUGAUUUUUAAUCCAAAUCAAUAGUUUAAAAAUAGUUUGACAUUCAAAGUGACAAUGUUUAGCAAUCAAAUUUACAUGUAUAGAUUGUCAGGGAAUAGCCCAAAAGUUUUAAAUGCAAAAAAAAUAAAAAAAUAAAAAAAUAAAAAAUAAG